UAAUUUUUAAAACCUAAUUAAACAAAUAAUAAAAAUAAAGAACAUAGUUCAUGGUUUUUUCUUCAUCGUCAAUUCAUUCCGGUGACUCCAUUCUUCACUUUACAUAGUUAGACACCCAAGCAAUCAUGGCCAACUUCUUCAUCAUCAUCUUCUUCUUCUUCUUCUUCUUCUUCUUCUUCUCUUUGCAUGGCUCAUCAGUUCAUUCUCAAACUAUCAAACCAAACAUCACUCCCGGUUCAUCCAUAAACUCCGGCACCAACGACUCAUGGACGUCGCCGUCCGGCCACUUCUCAUUCGGCUUCUACCCAACACCUAAUGGCUUCUUCAUCGGAGUAUGGCUCCAAACCUCAUCGGAGAAAACCAUCAUCUGGACUGCAAACCGUGAUGACACUCCCAUCACCACCGGUUCCAUCAGACUCUCCUUCGACGGCCGCCUUCUUUGGUCGGCCGCCGGAGGCCAAGAAACAGUCAUUUCAAACCCACCGGAGCCCGCCGCCGGCGCCGCCAUGCUCGACUCCGGAAACUUCGUCCUUGUUAACUCAGCUCAAAAGGUCGUUUGGUCCACCUUCUCCAGCCCAACAGACACCAUAGUUCCAGGCCAAACUCUGAACCCAAACACUCAACUCGUCUCCAGCUCGUCGGAGAAUGACCCGUCGACAGGGAGGUUCCGGCUUACCAACCAGAACGACGGCAACCUUGUGCUUUAUCCCAUGUACAGCACCAACACCAUCGAUGAUGCUUACUGGGAUUCCGGCACCUAUCAAAUUGGUUUUCUUAUCACUCUUAACCUUGAUGUCAAUGGUGUCCUUUACUUGUCUGGUAAUAACAGUGCUGUUGUUAAGAAUUUAACACAGCCAAAGACUUUUACUGCUUCUUCAGUUGAGAUUUACCACAGAGCUGUGAUUGACGUGGAUGGGAUUCUACGUGUUUAUUAUCACUCGUUGAUGAAGGAUGGGAGCUGGGAAACAGGGGUGGAGUGGGUGGCUUUGAGUGAUAAGUGUUUGGUGAAAGGUGUUUGUGGGCUUAAUAGUUACUGUUCUUUGGUUGAUGAUGCUGCUGUGUGUCUUUGUCCUCCUGGCUUUGAUUUUGUUGAUUCUUACCAAAGGUCACUGGGUUGCACUAGGAGUUUCAGUGGAGGAGAUUGUUUGAAGGAUUCAAACAUCACAAUGGUUGAGUUGAAGAACACUACUUGGGUGGAUAAAACUUACUCUAUAUUUCCAUCAGGGAUGAGCAGGGAUGAUUGUGAAGCUAAAUGCAUGGAUGAUUGCUUCUGCAAAGCUGUUUUGUUUAAGAGCACUGGUGAGUGUUCAAAACAGCUGCUUCCUUUGAGGUAUGGAAGAAUGGGAGGAAAUGACACUGUGUUUAUCAAGCUUGCGGCAGUGAUAUCUAACUCCUCUAGUGAGCAACAUGGAAACAAUAAAACCACCACAUUGCUGCUGAUAAUCUCUGUGAUUUUCUCUUCUCUGUUUUUCAUUCUCCUCUUGUUUGCAGUUUUCUUAAUCUUUGUGAUCAGACAUCAGAGAAAACAUCUACAUGAAAAAGCAAGUCUCAAUGAGGAAUCUCCAUUGAAGUCUUAUUCUUAUCAAGAGCUAGAGGAUGCUACAAAUGGCUUCAGGGAAGAGUUAGGCAGAGGAGCGUUUGGUGUGGUGUUUAAGGGAUCAAUAUUGAGUAUAAACGGAGAGAAAACCAUAGCAGUGAAGAGAUUGCAGAAGAUGGUUGAUGAAGGGGAGAAGGAGUUCCAAAGAGAAGUGAAGGCUAUAGCAAGAACACAUCACCGGAACUUAGUCCAACUUCUUGGCUUUUGCAAUGAAGGAUCAAACAGGCUGCUUGUUUAUGAGUACAUGGGCAAUGGUUCUCUUGCAGACCUUCUCUUCAAAAGAAGCAUAACUGGUACUUAUCCAAACUGGAAACAGAGAACAAAGAUUGCAAUAGAUGUUGCAAGGGGUCUCCAUUACUUGCAUGAAGAGGUUGAGAAUCAUAUCAUUCAUUGUGACAUAAAACCUCAGAACAUACUCAUUGACAAGUCUGAAAAUGCAAAGAUAUCUGAUUUUGGAUUGGCAAAGCUGUUGAUGCCAGAGCAGACAAAGACAUUCACAGGAAUAAGGGGGACAAGAGGGUACUUAGCACCAGAAUGGCACAAGAAUGUGGCAAUCACAGUGAAGGCAGAUGUAUUCAGUUUUGGAGUUUUGUUGUUUGAGAUCAUAUGCUGCAAAAGGAAUAUGGAGAUGGAGGAACAGGGGAUGGAUUGCACACUUGUGGAGUGGGUUUAUGAAUGUUUUGAAGAAGGGGAUUUGAGAAAGGUUUUGAGUGGGGAGGAGGAGGUGGACAUGGUGGAGUUGGAGAGGAUGGUCAUGGUGGGACUUUGGUGUGUUCAUAAUGACCCUGGGUUUAGGCCAUCAAUGAAGAAUGUUGUACCCAUGCUUGAAGGGAACAUGAUUGUUCCAAGGCCUCCAUUAGUACCUCCAACGUCCUUUUAUUAAUAGUUUGU